ACUCCACCACCACCAUCAUCUAGGUUUUCAUGAACCACUGCUCUUAAGUUUUUCCAGAGGACUUUAGACAUGGGAGGGUCUAAGGUGCAGUUCAACAAGGCGCACAAAACUCGAUUUGCUUCCAAAUCUUCCCGCAAUGUCCACAAAAUUUCGUCCAAGGAUAAAAUCAUGAUGUCGAAGCCUGACCGUGGUGUUGCUAAAGGAGCGAAGGCUAUUCGGCUUCAGCGUAACAAGAUGAUGAGGGAACAGAAGAGAGCCGCGCUUUUGAAGGAGAAGAGGGCGUUGUCCGGACAUUCGAGCUCUCCUCGUGUUAUUGUGCUUUUUGGGCUUUCUGCGUCUGUGGACUUGAACUCUCUUGAAGAAGAUAUACUAUCGUUAUUGUCUGGAGAGGGGAACGAUUCUACUUUUCCAGCUAUUGCAUCACCAGAGUAUAAGCUGAGAGCCACGGUCUUGAAAGCACCUCAUAGUGAUUUGUUGACGUGCAUGGAAAUGGCAAAGGUUGCUGAUUUGAUUGCCUUUGUGGCAUCUCCAAACUCCUUAGAUGAAGCAGAUGAAGAAAAUCAUUUUAUUGAUUCUUUUGGAUCACAAUGUCUUUCGGUUUUCAGAACACUUGGUCUACCCAGCACUGUAGUGCUAAUUCGUGAUCUUCCUGAUGAUAUGAAAAGAAAGCAAGAACUGAAGAAGAUGUGCACGUCUAUGCUUGCUUCUGAAUUUCCAGAAGAUUGUAAGUUUUAUCCUGCGGACAAGAGGGAUGAAUUGCAUAAGUUCAUGUGGCUUUUCAAGGAGCAAAGGCUGACAGUACCUCAUUGGCGAAACCAACGUGCUUAUAUCAUGGCUCAAAAGGUUGAUAUGGUCGCUGAUGAAAAUUACAGUUCGGGAAAAUGCACGCUUGUCCUUACUGGUUAUGUACGUGCUCACGGCCUCUCAGUAAAUCAGCUGGUGCAUGUUGCUGGAGCUGGGGAUUUCCAGUUGUCAAAAAUUGAACUUCUCAAGGAUCCAUGUACUCUGAAUGUAAGGAAAGGAGUAGACCUCAUGGACUCUGAGAAUGAUAUACAGGUUGUUAGGUGCCUUACCCCUGAUCCACAGAAGCAAGAGCCAUUAGUUGUUGAAAAUGUUCCUGAUCUAUUGGCAGGAGAACAGACAUGGCCUACAGAGGCAGAAAUGGCUGAAGCUGACAGGAAUCAUGAGAAAAGGAUGAAAAAGAAGAGGCUUCCUAGGGGCAUAUCAGAAUACCAGGCUGCAUGGAUUGUGGAUGAUUCUGAUGUUGACUAUUCCGAGAGUGAUGAAGAUGGAGAUGAUGGUAUGGUAUUGGAUGAUGGAGACAGCGGCUUUCCUGACCAAAAGUUUUCGAAUGGUUCUGAGUUUGAUGAUGACCAGGCUUCACUAAAUUUAAGAGAUUCUGAUGAAGAGACUGACACAGAUUCCGUAAUGAUGGAAGGUGAAAACUUAACCAAAGAGCAGAUAGCGGAUCAGAUUCGAAAAAUUAAAGAAGCACAUGCUGAAGAUGAGGAAUUUCCCGAUGAAGUCGAUACACCAUUAGAUAUUGCAGCUCGAAAACGAUUUGCCAAGUUUAGAGGUGUCAAGUCUUUCAGAACUUCAUCAUGGGACACCAAAGAAUCUCUGCCUCCUGAAUAUGCUAGAAUUUUUGCAUUUGACAAUUUUUCGAGAACACAAAAGCAUGUUGUUGCAAAGGCUCUUGAUAUGGAGCAAGAGCUAAGUGACUGUAUACCACCUGGCUCAUAUGCAAAGCUUUAUAUCAAGGAUGUAGAAGAUGGAGUUGCAUCCAAGUUGUGCAUUUUAGCGAAGAAAAUUCCAAUAAUAGCCUCUGGUCUUCUACAACACGAGUCUAAAGUAUCUGUCCUCCAUUUCAGCGUUAGGAAGCACGAUACAUAUGAGGCUCCUAUUAAAGCAAAAGAAGAAUUCCUAUUUCAUGUUGGCUUCCGCCAGUUUAUGUCGAGGCCAAUUUUUUCUUCAGAUAGUAUUAAUGCUAACAAGCACAAAAUGGAGAGGUUUCUCCAUGCUGGGCGGUUUUCAGUUGCUUCAAUUUAUGCUCCGAUUUGUUUUCCUUCACUUCCUCUAAUUGCCUUGAAGAGCCAAGGAGAAGAGACCUAUCCUGCUUUGGCUGCAGUUGGUUCACUGAGAAGUGUAGACCCUGAUAGGAUUGUUCUCAAGAAAAUUAUUUUAACUGGUUAUCCGCAACGUGUGUCCAAAUCAAAAUCCACUGUGAGAUACAUGUUUCACAACCCUGAGGAUGUGAAAUGGUUCAAGCCUGUUGAACUUUGGACCAAAUGUGGUCGCCGUGGUCGCAUUAAGGAACCUGUAGGAACGCAUGGGGCAAUGAAAUGCAUAUUUAAUGGUGUCCUCCAGCAGCACGACACAGUAUGCAUGAGUUUGUUCAAACGGACAUACCCCAAGUGGCCCCAACGGUGGUUUCCAUUACAGAGCAGUGCUUAAAUUAUCUGUAAGUGGACGUAAAACAUCAGUUCCUUGGAGCAAAAGUGGGGCAAAACUAGUGUUUUACCAUCAAAAGGGAAUGAAGCUCUGGUUCAGAUUGACUAUCAGCAGGUGCUGCCGGCUUUACAUAGCCAGCAGCACAGGCUCGUGCUCUCUCCACCUAUACAAUGGGAGAGGAAAUUUUGCCUGUAUGAGUGUAUAUGCUCUUUUUACAAAAGUUAGAAAGACAUUAUUUAAAAUUCUACAUAUGCAAAAUGAUUGAGGAUAUCUUGCGUUGUGCUUGUUUAAUUCUUCAUAUAUGACGUAGGGAGGGUUAGCGUACCGUGCAAUGAAAAUUACGAGUUUGAUACUUGUGUUGGCUUAUUCGGAUUUACGGAUAGUCUUCACGAUGAUAGCAGUUUGGGUCUGGGGUUGGAUUUUGAAUUACAUUUUACCCUUUGUAUUCCUGGGAAGUAGAUAUUAACCCUUGUAUAUCAUAAAAAAGAGAGAAGAGGUGAUACCAGUUUAACCAA